AUGGUUGAGACUUGUUUUAACUUAGCCCCAAAGGGUGAAUUAAUUAUUGGAGAGAGAGGUGGAAAUGUGUAUGAUGAACACACAAACUCAGAUAAAGAAAAUGUGACUACACUUUUUGGUACAAAUGCCUUAGGAAAAUGGGCACCUCCUCUCACAAUAUUCAAGUAUGAAAGGAUUCCAGCAACCCUAGUUAAAUCUGCACUAUCUGGUUGGGGAAUUGGAAAAUCUGAGACAGGGUGGAUGACCUCGGAAACUUUUUUUGAAUAUAUGGCUAAUAUAUUCUUACCAUUUAUAAAUGAAUCAAAUAUUGUUCGACCAGUAAUUGUUUUUUUGGAUGGUCACAAGUCACACCUCAGUUUACACUUGAGUAAAUUUUGUCGUGAAAAUGGUUUGAUAUUAGUUGCAUUAUAUCCUAACUCAACACACAUAUUGAAACCACUUGAUGUUGCUGUAUUUGGCCCCCUCAAAUCAAGAUGGAAGAAAAUAGUGAAGCAGUGGCGUGUUGACAAUGAAAAGGAAGUAUCUAAAUUUGAUGUACCAACGGCUCUAUCUCAAAUUAUAUAUGAUAAAGAAAUGGCUAGUAAUAUCAAGUCAGGAUUUCGUGCAACUAGCAUAUAUCCUUACAAUGCAGAUAAUAUGGAUUAUUCCAAAAUUAUUAUAAGAACUGUGCCAGAGCAUGACACUUUAAUUAAUGAUGAUAAUAUGAAAUAUCACCUACAAUAUGUUGAAUCAAAAAUUAAAAAAAUUAAUGUUAACCUGUUAGAUGAAUUUAAGAGAACUAGAAGAGGACAAUAUGAAUGGGAUGGAAAUGAAAACGCAACAUUGUUGUUUACAUUGUGGUCACAAAUCAUGGAUGAUGUAAAUAACCCUGAGAAUGAGAUAACCACAGAUAUAAUAACACUAACACCAACAUCAAAUUUAAAUCUAAAUCCAGAAAUGUGGUUGAAUACACUCUCAUGUAGUCAUGUAGAAGACAACCUAACAGGAGAAAACCCAAUCAUCCCUACAGAGAAUACAACUCCAGAGUCUAUAGUUAUAGUUCCAACCAAACGAUCCUUAACUACUGUUUUUAAUAAUAUUAUAAAGUGGCCAGUACAACCCUUAUCUAAAACAACCAGAAAAAAAGAAUAUACACCUAGCGUAAUAACGUCAGACAAGUGGGUUGAAUUCCAUGAAAUUAAAAUUGAAAGAAAAAGAGGAAAAAGAGAGAAAAAAGGAAGAAAAGAAAUUAGCAGCAUUUGA